AUGUCGCCAAAGGGCAAGGAGAAGGAGAAGCCCAUUGCUUCGCUCAUGGCGGGCGCUACCGCAGGCGGUAUCGAGGCGUUCAUCACCUAUCCGCUCGAGUCGCUCAAGACCCAGCUCCAGUUCGGCGCUCCUUCGGGCAAGAAACUCACUCCCUAUGGCAUUCUCAAGGACACUAUCCAGCAGCGCGGUAUCGGAGGCCUGUAUGCCGGUGUCGGUGCCGUCGUGAUUGGAAACGCGGUCAAGGCUGGCGUGCGCUUCACGACCUACGACCACUUUAAGAGCAUUCUCUCGGACGACCAGGGCAAGCUCACUGCCCCUCGUUCCAUGCUCGCGGGUCUUGGAGCUGGUAUGAUGGAGGCAAUCAUCGCCGUCACCCCCUCGGAGACCAUCAAGACCAAGAUGAUCGAGGACUCGAAGCGCGCUCAGCCUCGUUUCAACGGCAUGGUCGAUGGUGUACGCCAGAUUGUCAGGGAGGAGGGCUGGAGGGGUGUCUACCGUGGUGUUGGCCCAGUGAUGAUGCGCCAAGGUGCCAACUCGGCUGUCCGCUUCUCGUCCUACUCCACCCUCAAACAGCUCGCCCAGGGUAGCAUGGCUCCCGGCACUGAGCUGCCCGGCUGGAUGACCUUUGGUAUUGGUUCGUGCGCAGGUGUCAUUACCGUGUACACUACCAUGCCUUUCGACGUUGUCAAGACCCGUAUGCAGUCGCUGGAGGCCAAGAAGGAAUACAAGAACGCUUUCCACUGCGCAUCCCGCAUCAUCAAGGAGGAGGGUGUUAGCAAGCUCUGGAAGGGCACCACCCCGCGUCUUGGUCGUCUUGUUCUUUCCGGAGGUAUCGUCUUCUCGGUCUACGAGAAGGUCUACCCCGUUGCGGCAUCCGUGCUGCCGUAG